GAAAUGACUCUUUACCUUUUCCUCUAAACAACCCAAAUAUCUCAACAAAUUUACUAUCUUUUUUUUUCUUUUAUUAUUAUUAUUGAACGAAAAGGUAACAAAUUAGUACGUACUCAUCGCUUAGGAUAACAAUACUUUGAAAUAAUAUAACCCCCUUUAUCACCGUUGAUUCACAUCCACGUAGACUACUGAAUACUGAUUAUAUCUUUUGACAUUGGUAUUAUUGGGACCUCAAAUUAUGAAACUCCAAAAAACAUUAUUCUUAUAAGCAACGCAGCUGUGUUUUCUGCUAAAAAAAUAAGCCUUUGAUCGGUACUAUACUCCUGUAGCCUCUUGUAGUGAUGGCUCAAAACGGCACUGAGAUGCCGUCCUUUAAGCGAUUCGACGUCGUUUCGGACGAUUCGGACCAUUACUUCGCCAAACGAAAAAAGGGAAAGAAGAACGAGGUUGCCACGGCUGACGCCGGAGAAGAUGAUAGCUUGAUCGACAGCGCCGCCGGGAGUAAGCUACAUAAGAAGAUUAUGAAGGAGUGGAGGAUCUUGGAGAAGAAUCUUCCUGAUUUGAUCUAUGUUCGGGCUUACGAGAACCGAAUCGAUCUACUCCGGGCUGUGAUCAUCGGCGCCGCGGGUACACCGUACCACGAUGGACUCUUCUUCUUCGAUCUCGCUUUUCCGUCGGAUUACCCUGCUCGGCCUCCCAUGGUACUGUAUCGUUCUCAUGGUCUGAGGCUCAACCCGAACCUGUACGCUAACGGUACGGUCUGCCUGAGUUUGCUGAACACGUGGGCAGGGAAGCAGACCGAGCGGUGGAACCCGGCCGAGUCGACGGUGUUGCAGGUUCUGGUUUCGAUUCAAGCUCUUGUACUGAACGAGAGGCCGUAUUUUAACGAGCCCGGAACUGGGUUGUUCGGUCACGCUAGGUGGGAGAAGAACUCACGGUCUUAUAACAGAGAUGUCUAUCUCUUGUGCCUGAAGACGACACUGUAUUCUAUCCGAAAUCCGCCGAAGAAUUUCGAGGACUUCGUCGCUGCGCACUAUCGGCACAGAGCCAAAGCCAUACUCGCCGCGUGUAGGGAGUACGCGAAUGGGCGCGUCAGAGUCGGGUACUACAGAGAUGGCGAAAACGACGACGCGUCGUCGUCGUCGUCUGCGGCGGCGGAGGAGGAGGAGAUCUACGUGUCGAAGAAGUUCGUUGGGUCGAUGAAGACGAUGUAUCCGCAGCUCGUGACGGGUUUCGUAAAGAUUGGAGCUUCCGGCGUCGGCGGCAGUAGUGGUCAUCAGUUGAAGUUGGUGAAGAAAACGACGUCGUUUGAUAAGGAGAAAGGGAAGAACGGCUUCGUUGAGAAGCUUUUUACGACAAUCAAAAGGGUUUUUGGAUUGGAGAAGAAGAAAAGUGGCAAAAUUAGCAAUAAUAAUAUUGUUUCUGUGUGAGUGGAAUGUGAAUGAAACAGAGUGAGGGACCCAUUUGCAAAAAAAAAUUUAUUCUCUCUAGGGGUAUAGCUUAGUCAAACUCUUUAAUUUUCUGGGGUUUUCAUUUCUUCUUUGAUUCGGGAUAGUUUGAUUCUCUGUUUUUAAUAAUUGCAUAUAUAGUACGUUACUAGAAUUUUAAUUUAAUUAAACCAAAAACGCUUACAAUGAAUGUUUGUUUCUUUUUA